CGACCGCGUGCGUGUGUUCUCUAACUCAAUGAUGUGCUUACAAAAGAUUCUAAAUCAUAAACAAAAUAGUGUUGGUGACCGCUAAAUUCAUGAUCUUCAACCUAAAAUGUGACCUUAUGCACAUUUUCAGUUAUUCUUUACCGAAUUACAGUUAUUUACCAAUGAUAUUAUUUUACUUUACACUAGUGCAAUGCGAGAUGCAUUUUUAGAAUAGUGAAACCGAAAAUCUGUGCUGUGAAAAGUUAUGUUGUGUGCAAUUACGGUUGUCCUAUUUCGGUUGUUAUCGAUUUUUCACCGUCACUAUACGGAAACAGCUGUUUUGGGAAUGCACACGGAAGUGAAAUUCGAAGCUGCCAAUAAUCUUACUUUUUAACACAUAUUUCUUUAUUUCCUUAUGUGGAAUACCUUAACUUAUAGUAAAUCAACACGUAUGUAUUAAAAAAAUAUGUUUAAAUCACCUAACUUGAGAUGGGACAAUAAAAGAACAUGAAAAUAAAAACCGUUUAAUUUUUUCUUAAUAGUUUUAAAGUGAAGUGUAUUGUAACUUGUGCACUGUGCUUCAUACAGUUAUAAAUUGGUAAUGAUUAAAAAGUAAAUAAAUCUACGAUCAUUUGAAACAUCCAGUGCUAGUGUGUUGUUCAAAAUUCUGUGCAAUAUAGUGGUCUAUUCUUUGGAUUUACCUGCUGUUUGUGGAUUGAGACCUGUGGAUAAGGUGGUGAGGUGGUUCUGCACGAGAGGCGAUGCUGGGCGGGGCGGCGGGGGGCGCCCGCUCCCGCCCGCCCUCUGACCUGCACCAAGGUGUGGCCCGAUUUCCGCUGUACUCAUUAUUUCCGACACAGCCAGGCAGUCGUCCAACUAUACACAAAGUGACUGAGAGUUUGCUGUCGACGUCACUAUCGAGUUUCGGUGUGCAAACUCCACCACCGAACUCUCCGUACUCACCGCUGCAGGUUGAGUUGCUCAACUGCUCCCAGCGAGUACUCCUCACUGACAAAGAUCCCAACAAAAUGGAUGAGGCUAAACUGGGGAAACCAUGUCUGCCUGACACGCUCUGUUGUCCUGGUGACCGGCAGCUCCUCGACGGGCUGACCGUCAUGCAGCCGCUCACCAUAAAGACGGAGCAGGCGAAACGCUCGUGCAAUACAUGCUUGACGAAUUCUCCUAAAAAAGUUAUUCACACGGACGGCGGAUGUAGCCGGACGAACCCAGUAACGUGGCUGGGGGUCACAGGUCAGAACGUGGUCCAGGUCAAACGAGAGCCUCAACACGUCCACGUCUCCGAAUUGGUCGCUGUGAAAUUAGAACAGGCCUCGCCGGGCAACAAGCCCGACCACACGCCUUCUAUACCCGCAUCGCUGAACAAUGGUUCCAUUCCCGUUGGCAUUGCGGUUGCCCGACAGCGAGUCGGCGAUGCGGGCCUACUCGCGGCGCUGUCUCAGAAAGACGCCCAACAAAGAAUGCACGAUAUUGACGCAGCGCAGGCGGCCAUGACGGUGGGCGUGGCCAACGUACUCUGCGACGACCGCGCCGCCCCCCUGGCGUGGCCUACGGCCCCCGCUGCCGCCCCGCCCGCACCUCUCUGGCAGUACCCGACCGCUCAAAUGUCCAUGGAGAGCAUGAUGGUGGGUGGCAUGGGAGUCGGCGGCGUGGGCCCUGUCGGCGGUGGGGUCUCGUCUGUCGGCGGCUAUCAGCUGGUCCGCGAGCCCACCACCGGCACUUUGCUUCUGCUACCAGCUCCGCCGGAUCUACCUCACACCGUAGUCUGGGGCGGUGUUCCCUACCCGUCCGCCCCACUCCUCUUACCCCCAGCACCGCACCCCUCUCAUCUGCAACUGUUGCCCGGCGACCUCCUCGCCUCAACCGCAACCUUGCAGCACACCCAUACGCAUUCAACCAGAUUAGUAACUCUAGCACCCGCGCCUGCCCCUCAACCACAUCCGACUCAUACAGCUGAUAAAAGAAAAAUAAUUCAACCUCUUCUAACUCCUCACGCCCUAAUAAAAAUAGAACCAGAACCGCCACAGGAGAAACCGCAACCCCAAUUUGCCCCAGAACCAGUGCAACAACCGAUUCUUACAACAACACAUCUAUAUUAUCAACCGGAUUACUCGGAACAAGCAUGCAGAAGUCAGGCAACAUCUCCGGCUGCACCACCAACUCCACCGCCAGAAGUUCCCGAGGCGCCAGCCCAUAAAGAUGCCUCUAACCAAACAGAUCAUAUUGACGACGAAGAUGACUCACCAAAUCACGCAGACGAGGAUGAAAGAGAUGUCGCGUGUGUUGGUGUUGCUCAUUUUCCAGAGGAAUCUACUAUGGUACAAAGUACGACAGCAUUAUUGCAGGCUCCACCUAUUGAUAGUGCUGAAGAAUCGUCUUCAGAAGGUCUUGCAACUUCGGCUAUGGUUGGUGCUGUAGAAAAAGCUAUAGAUGCAAUAGAAAGAGAUGAAGCACUUGCAGAUAACUCCAGUAGCGGUGGGUCUCAUGAUUUAGUGAUCGAUACUGCAAGUACAUCGCCAAUGUCCCAUGCAAUACCACAACCGCAAACAACGCGACCAUUGGUAGACGUUAGUGGACUGGAACUUCUUUCAAAUAGCAUAGAACAAUUUGAAAGAACUACACCUGGUAACAGUAUGCCGAUUUUGGAUACAGCAAUGCCUUUAACAGUUGACACGAGGAGUACUUCAAAGCUAAACAUAAUGAUAAAGUCUUCACCAAAAUCUCCACCUCGUACUGCAGAAGCUGAAUCCAGUAGAAGAUUUGACUUCCCAACAGUUGAACCAAGUACUAGUGAGAGAGCCAAACCUUCUCUUGAUGGAUUGGGUUUAUUAUGUGCAUUAGCGGAACAGAGAUUUAUGGAGGAAGUAGUGGAAAAGCCUCCAACAUCUUUGCCUAUGUCUUCCCAGUCGUUUAUUAAAAGCGAACCUUUGCUCAGUCCCACUGAUAGAGAAAUGUCAGCUGAAUCGUCUAAAAAAGAAAGACACAGGCAAAAGGAUGGCGACUCUUCAAGUGAAAGAAGAAGAAAAAGAAGCCGCGAUAGAGAAGAGAGAUUUAGACAUAAAUUGGAAAAAAUUCGGCGCCACAAACGUGAAAAAGAACAAGAUGAUGCGAGGAGUAGCGGUGGUGUGUUGGAAGCCAGUUUGCGGCGAGUUACUGCAUGUUCUUGUGGAGCACUGAACUGUAUGCAUACAUCAAAUAUCCCUUCGGCUCAUGCUCUUGUCAAUGCAAUGGAAAAAGAUAUGCGGGAACGGAUCCAAGACUUGCAGCGUAAAUAUGAUGAGACGAGAGCCCAGUUAAAAGCUUUAACUCCGCCAUUACCUGCACUAUCAACACCUUCUACGCCGUCUACUCCUGCGCUAUCUCCAGAUUCAGAUAGAGGUUCUUCAAAAAAGCGUAAAGUUGGGAGACCGCGUAAAGUUUCCAGUCCAGAUUCUACUGAAACCAUUGUGGCCAAGAAACCGAAAUCAAAGAGCAGUCUCGUUGGCUAUUUGUUAGCUAAAGGCAAACUUAAAGGCGGUAUAUUGUGUUCGAGAGGAGAACCAUCACGAGAAGAAAGCACUAAUCGUACCAGUAAGGUGCGUCCGAAAUUGAAAGCAGAACCAAUUUUGAAAAUGCAUUCAGAGGAGGAAGAAACCGAAUGGGGCCUUAAUAGAUCUGCUAGUUCUUCUAUGGAGAGUUUAAAUGAGGUGCGCCAAAAGAACCGAGAAAAAGUAGAUCGGUUAGUGCGGAAACAUUCGAGAGAUGAUUUACCUGAACUUGAAUUUUCUAUUCGGAGGGCGAGUGGAUCAAGUGAAAGUGAUAAGGAAAGGCGUCGUGCAAAGAAGAGGCGAAAGAGUGUAAAGCCCAAAGAUCGGACUAAUGACGCAGUAAAAGAGCCCACACCACAACCAGCUCAACAAACAAUCUCGAAGUGUACUUUGACAGAAGACAAACUGGACUCUUCACCUCGGGUACUAACAGCCAUGGGAGGCUUAUUCUAUGCUGGAAAGCUGAGCGCAGUGCAGGCUCCAGAUGUAUACGCUAUUACUUUAGAUGGAGAGCGAGGCAACAAACCUCAUAUAUUAUCUAGAGAAGAGACUUUAAGGGAUGCUAUUUUGGAAGUUAAUCCAGUAUCAGUGUCAGAAUUACCGUCUGGUACAAGAGUGUGUGCAUACUGGUCGCAGCAGUAUCGUUGUCUGUACCCUGGCACUGUAGCCGUGUCAUCUCCAGAUCCACACGAUGAUAAAUUUGUGGCUGUAGAAUUUGAUGAUGGCGACUCUGGUAGAAUAGCCAUUGAAGAUAUAAGAUUUUUGGAGCCCAAUUACCCAGUAGUCGAAUAUGAAAAUCCUCUAUUUACUCUUGGAAAACGAAGACGAAAUACCAGUGUCAGUACAGAAGAUAAAAAAGCAGGCGCUUCUACUAGUACUGAAACAAAGCCAUCCACAACUGAUGCGGCACAGAAAGAAAAAGAGAGUGAAGACAGACAUAGAGAUCGAAAGAAGUUAAAGAAACACCGCAAAGAGAAAUUGAAACGUCAUUCCAGCGAAGAAGAUCCGAAUUCAGAUUAUAUUAAGAAAAGAAAGAAGAAACACAAAUGUUGCGAAGAACACUGCAAACAUCGAAGACAUCAUAAGAAACAUCACAGAAAACACAGGAAGAGACAUCAUUCAAGCUGCAAGGAGCAGUCGAGUUCAUCAGGUGAUGAUCAUCAAAGGCAUAAAUCGUCAUCUGAUUACAUAGACUCAAACAAAUCAAAUGAAGAUUCCGUUGAUUCCAACGAUAGAUUAUCGACGUUGAUAGCUGUUGAGAAAUCUCCGAAUGAUAAAAUGAAGACUGUUAUUAAAAAGGCAGUGCUGUCCAAGAAAGCAUUGGUAAAGAAUGCAAUUUUAGAUUUCAGCAAUUUGGGAAAUAUUGCAUUAAAGAAAGACGGCGAAUCUAAAGAUAAUCUGAAAGACAGUGGGAUAGGUUUGGAGGAAGAAACUCCAUCGACAUCAAACUUUGAUGGGAAGAAGAAAACAAAGCGUCGCACCGUGUCAUCAACGUCAUCGGAUGGCGGCGCGGGCGGUGGUGGUGGAGUCAGCAAGAUGGCGGCCUUCCUGCCCGGCGGGGCUCUCUGGCGCUGGCUGGGCGCCGCGUACCGCCGCACGGCGCGGCCUCGCCACCGCAAGCUGUUUUACCGCGCGAUACAACGCGGAGAGGAGACUCUACAUGUGGGAGAUGCAGCAGUAUUUUUGUCGACUGGUCGGCCGGACCGACCAUAUAUUGGGCGGAUAGUAGCGUUAUGGGAGGCACGUGGCGCUAUGGCCGUACGAGUCAAGUGGUUCUACCACCCUGAGGAGACCAUCGGCUGUCCUGAACCGUUGCAUUAUCCGGGAGGCCUGUUUGAAUCCCCACAUACUGAUGAGAAUGACGUCCAAACAAUCUCACAUAAAUGCGAAGUGUUGCCGCUCGCGCAGUACAAGGAGCGCAUGGGCGACGACCCGGUCAAAUACAGCACUGUUUAUGACAACAACGACGUGUACUACCUGGCCGGACACUACGACCCCACGCCGCAAACUCUACGCCUCGAACCCGAUAUACCUUUCGCCAGCAAAACUCCCUAACUGUUAUGAUGUCCUGGUACAAUCGCUGCUAAAAUGAUGACAAUUUUCUUUUACAGUCCAAACCAAACGGCCAUGGUGUUCGUCAAAAUGAAA